AUGGAGCAAGUUAACGGUACAAAUGGCACGAGUGUGUCCGGUGCAAAGCCGAACAACUGGCUUGGCCACAAGGGCGCGGCCGCCUUCGAUCUACGAAGUGACACACAGACGACACCUACUCCUGAGAUGUUAGCUGCUAUUCAAGCAACAACCCUGGACGACGAUGUCUUUGAUGAGGACAAGACUACACAUGAUCUUCAAUCACACGUCGCGUCGCUGACAGGCAAGGAUGCCGCCCUCAUCGUGUUGUCGGGGACUAUGGGGAAUCAACUUGCUCUGCGAUCUUUGCUCACACAGCCACCUCACAGUGUGCUGUGUGACCAUCGAUCUCACAUCAUCCAAUACGAGGCCGGAGGAGUUGCUUCGUUGUGCGGUGCCAUGAUAACGGCCGUGGUCCCCAAGAAUGGCAUUCAUCUCACAUUGGAGGACGUCAAGAAACACGCCUGUCUGGACGACAACAUCCACCAUUGCCCAACACGAGUUAUCAGCCUCGAGAACACGCUUUCGGGCUUGAUCAUGCCACUAGAGGAGACCAGGCGGAUAUCCUCAUUUGCUAGAGAGCACGGCAUCAAGAUGCACUGCGAUGGCGCUAGACUAUGGGAAGCCGUCUCGUCAGGAGCUGGAUCGAUCAAAGACUUCGCAGAGUGUUUCGACACCUUGAGUCUCUGUUUUUCCAAGGGCCUUGGCGCUCCGAUCGGAUCCAUUUUGGUAGGUACAAAGGAAAUUAUCAAGCAUGCUCGAUGGAUGCGCAAGGCUAUCGGCGGGGGGAUACGACAAUCUGGUGUUGUCGCCGCUGCUGCAAGGGUUGCCCUCACGACUUUUGGUGAGGGCCCAAAUGGCGUAGGCGGCAGGUUGAAAGACACCCAUGCGAUGGCCAAAAGGGUGGGAAAACUUUGGAGAGAUCUUGGGGGUGAAUUGCUCCUCCCUGUUCAGACGAACAUGGUCUGGCUCGACUUGGAGUCCAUGGGCACUAGCGACGGGAGAUUCGAUGAAAUCGGCGCCCAGUAUGGCCUCAAGCUCAUGGGACAUCGGCUGAUCACCCAUUAUCAGAUUGGGGAAGAAGCAAUUUCAAAGUUGACGGAUGUUUUCAAGAAACUUGCAGAAGAAAAGUCCGCAGCCGCAGGUUCACACGUAGACGGUACUGCAAAGAGUAGCGGACCCUACAGCACCACACGCUAA